AUGACUUUGUUUUAUAAUAAUCAUGAUCAUCAUCAUGAUCGUCAUGAUCAUCAUCAUCAUCAUCAUCAUCAUCAUCAUCAUCAUCAUCAUCAUCAUCAUCAUCAUCAUCAUCAUCAUCAUCAUCAUCAUCAUCAUCAUCAUCAUCAUCAUCAUCAUCAUCAUCAUCAUCAUCAUCAUCAUCAUCAUCAUCAUCAUCAUCAUCAUCAUCAUCAUCAUCAUCAUCAUCAUCAUCGUCAUCAUCAUCAUCAUCAUCAUCAUCAUCAUCAUCAUCAUCAUCAUCAUCAUCAUCAUCAUCAUCAUCAUCAUCAUCAUCAUCAUCAUCAUCAUCAUCAUCAUCAUCAUCAUCAUCAUCAUCAUCAUCAUCAUCAUCAUCAUCAUCAUCAUCAUCAUCAUCAUCAUCAUCAUCAUCAUCAUCGUCAUCAUCAUCAUCAUCAUCAUCAUCAUCAUCAUCAUCAUCAUCAUCAUCAUCAUCAUCAUCAUCAUCAUCAUCAUCAUCAUCAUCAUCAUCAUCAUCAUCAUCAUCAUCAUCAUCAUCAUCAUCAUCAUCAUCAUCAUCAUCAUCAUCAUCAUCAUCAUCAUCAUCAUCAUCAUCAUCAUCAUCAUCAUCAUCAUCAUCAUCAUCAUCAUCAUCAUCAUCAUCAUCAUCAUCAUCAUCAUCAUCAUCAUCAUCAUCAUCAUCAUCAUCAUCAUCAUCAUCAUCAUCAUCAUCAUCAUCAUCAUCAUCAUCAUCAUCAACAUCAUUUCAUAUCAGGAUGA